GCCUCUUCGCACUGAACCAGCAUGCCGUGGCCGAUGAGGUCGGUGAGAAGCCGAAGCAAGGGCCGUUCAACGCGGCCUUGGCGCAAGCUGCUGGUGGCGCAGUGAUGGUCUUGGACCAAGAGAUCCAUCCAUUCACGCGGAUUUGGUGCCUGUUCGAAGUCUCUCGACUCAAAGAUUUGCAGAGGCCCUUCGAGUUGAUUUGCGAUUUGGGCUCAUUAUCAAAUCCAGUGGGCUUAGUUCGGGGCUCAGAAGCAGAACAAGCUGAGAUGCGAAGGGCGACCUGCGCAGCCCUGUGGAACAUGUCACCAAGCAAGGCCCAAAGCUCCGUGGAGGCAGACAAGCACCGAAUUUGGGCCGAGAUUGCCGACAGCGGUUUCAAGAAGUCAAUCUACAGUCAAACGGAAGAAUUCUUCUUCAACGUUCUUGCAGUUACAUAUGAUGAUCUCUCAGCAGUGUUUGGCGACUUCACCCGACACAUGCACUCCCUGCUUUCCACGAGUCUUCUGCAGAACUUGCUGCAGUGUUCUGAGUAUGAAGCGGCCGCCGAGUGCUGCCUCCGUGGAGCCCACAUUACAGAGGAACAGCUUGAUGAGAUUUGUGAAAGCUUUGAGUCGGAAAAUCAGAGAGCCACGUGGCUGAAUGAGUUUCUCCAUGUCACAACAUUGUGCGGAACAGAUGCAUCAUUUCUGCUGCUGCUGCUUGAGCAUGGUGCUGAUCCACGGGCCGCAGACGGUGGUGGCGGGACAGCGCUGAUGUUUGCUGCUGCGGGUGGACACGAGCCAGUGCUGAAGCUGCUGCUUGAGCAUGGUGCUGAUCCAGAGCCGCAGAGAAUGUUGGCAGGACAGCUCUGAUGAUUGCUGCUCAAAAUGGACACAAGCCAGUGCUGAAGCUUCUGCUUGAGCAUGGUGCUGAUCCACGGGCCGCAAUGAAUGAUGGCAGGACAGCUCUGAUGCUUGCUGCUGCAUUUGGACACGAGCCAGUGCUGAAGAUGCUGCUUGAGCAUGGUGCUGAUCCAGGAG